AUGACCACCAAUCAAGAAAAGCAACCGCGUCAAAACACUCCUCCAGAACAGCCACCACCGGACAGGGAAGGACAACACCAUCCAGGGCUUCAACUGGCGAUGCAUGAGGUUCAACAGCCCGACGGGGCGGCACCGGGGAAGGCGGCCGUUGUGACCUCUUCAAAUCCAAGGUGUGCCCGUUUCUUUGCUACACUGAUGGAAGCUCGCUGGAGGUAUUUUGGCCUUUCGUCAUUAUCCCAGACCACGUUCAACCUAGCCGGGCUGUUUAUCGAGCUCGAGGCUUCAAAAGCCAACACUGUCUACUGCACUUUGCAAUCUCGCAUUGCUAUGGUUGAGCUGGGCCGGCAGUAUAUGACUUCACUCGAAUAUGGAGUCUCAAGAGGCAUGAGCGAGGAGGCUGCCAGAGCGUAUAUCUCUGGGAAGGUCAUGGUUGACCUUGGAAUGAUAACUGAAUGCACUGAUACGCGAACCAACGAGGGUGAAAUACUCAAAUUGAUUGAGGAAUUUGACAGGAGUAUUUCCCGCGCAUUGAGAUGGAAAGAGCUUUAUGACGAGAUUGGAGUCCUUGAGGUCUUUCUCAUUGGGGGAGAACCUGCGGUCAUCGAUGAUGGAGAGGAAAUUCCUAACCCUGAUUUCCCCUUUGAGAGUAACGAAGAAUAUUACUCUCCACUUGACCGACUUCUGCUGCCGACUCUGUGGCUGAAGGAGACUUGCUUGAAGCUCAGUGGAGUGGUGGACAUGAUUCAGCGUUUACGAAGGCUGGACCAACUGGCGGUACAGAGGGCUUUUCUGGCCGAAGAACUCGAGCGACGCAUCAUGAGCGUCCUGGGUGGCCCUGAGAAUCUGUGUGAGCGUCCUGGAGGCGACUGCGGCUGUUCCGCUGAUGACGACGAGAGCAUGCCUGACGUAGAGGCAUGCUAA